AUGGCCAGCUUAGAGGAGCUGGAUGCUUUUAUCCUCACGAAUGAGGAGAAGAGGCGACUGCGGGAUCGCGGUCGUGACGCGUACUAUGCCUUUUUUGGUAAAGACCGUGAAGGAUCACUAGAACGAGCAGCUGUGGAAGCCAAAGGCUCUGGAGCAUGCAGGCAGGGCGAAACCGAGACCCUAAAACUUACAGCGCGAGCCCUCGGAAACCUGCUGUUUAAAUCUUCAGCCCCGAAUCCCCCGAGGCGCGUUCUGGACGACUACAAGAGGAAGCUGUGUAACACACGGUUCCAGCAGCUUCCAAGAGCUAGACAAGUGGAGUUGUGCCCGGAGUACGAAAGCUACCACAAAGACCAGGAUGCCAGAAAGCAGUCCCUGGAGCUGCAGCAGAGGGCGCAAAAGGAGACUGCGCGGCCAUCCUUGGAUGUUGUGACCGAGAAGAGCUCUGUGUCCGAAAGCAGCGCAGCAGUCCGUAAACAGAAACAGGCAACCAGCACUAAGUUGCUACCUUGGAGCUCGAAGAAGAAGCGCAGCCGCCGAGAGCUUGUGCAGAGAUUCUUGCAGCUCAUCAAGAAGCAGUGCCCGAGUUCGCAAGAGACAGCUGCUUUCUUUGGCCAACUGCUGAAACGUGCAUGUGCGAAGGACAGGCAACUGCAAAGCUGCUUGUUGAAAGUCGGCGUGUCCACAACCUGUCGUUGCGAGAAGCUCACCCACGCAAUGGCAUCCCUCAGCAAGGAAGCUGCCAUAGCAAGGGCUGUCCCUGCUCAAAAAGCAUUUGGCCGGGCUUUGAUAGCUGCUGGCUUUCGAACACGCACAGGACUCCAUGAGAAGGGCAUUGCCGUGUCCAAGCGGAGCUGGAAGAUGGCGAAGCAUGGGAUCGAGGCGAACUUGACCCAGCCGGGCCGUCCAAGUGUGGGCAGCGACGACAAGGCUGUGAAGAUGGUCAUUGCUUGCGCGAAGGAGAACUCAACGGAGACAUCCAAGCUCAUGAGAUUAAAUGACGAGUCUGUCGCUGUGAGGCAGUGGGUUGCCGGACCAUGCCAGGCAUACACCAGCGCUGAGAACAUCAUGUCGCGGAUGAGCUUGUCCGUCUUCCUGCGCCUCGUGAAGAAGCACGCGCCUUUUGUAAAAAAGGGCGCGAAGCCCAGCGACUACUGUGACCACUGCCACUGCCUGCAGACAGUGGUGCUGCCAAGGAUGAACCGUUCCUUACGAAUCCAGUGGAAGACUUUGACCUGUAUUCUCAAACCUAAUGUGUGA